UCUCCGAUUCAGUUCUUACGGAACCGUCGACCGGAUCGGAGUGUCGGAAACGAAUGGAACUCUCCGAACCGCGCUAACGUGUACCAAAGUGUGUAAUCCAUAAUUAUUUACUAUAGUGUUGCUGCUCUAGCACAGCAUAAGGCCGCUUAUUGUGUGUUGACCGUGCCAGAGAAUUUUUUUUUUCACCCGGACCACCCACUCACCGCAGCAUGACGCUGGAAGCAAACUCACGCUUGCCAAGGCUAGUGGGAGCUCGACAACGAAACGCAUCACGGCCACGCAAGGACCACGGCAUUGUCCUCGCAUAGCGCACUUCAUCUAUGAUGGCCUACUGUAUAGACAUCGAGGGGGUAUACGUCCUGACGUACUUUGAUCGCGUUUCCUGCGAACAUUGAAAUAUCUUUUGUGUAGCGCAACCGAUUGUUGACCGAGAUCAGUUCGGUGCCUGCCAUCUCUGUGUGGGCAAUUAGGUUCAACCCCGAGUAGAUUCAAAUUUCGAUUUCUCGUGUUGGGUUUGCAGAAGAAGAAGAAUAAAACCUGGUGAUUGUGGAAGAAUCAAACCUGGUGAAGUGGAAUCGAUGGACAGUGGCGAGUGAUCAAUGAAUAUUGAUUAAGUUUCCGACGUUGCUAUCUGGAUUAUAUACUUCACUGUUCGAGUAUCAAUCAAAUGGGAUUGCUGUUAUUUUUGGGUAAUGGAUUUUUCAAAACCAGACGAACAUCGACGACGGUCGCAUUUGCGAAGGAACAGUCAAAAAUUGCGCCAGAGUGAAUCUGUGUCAGUGAGCUGCUCGGCGAAAUUGCGGAUCUGUCGAGAUCCAAGUGAAAGAAAUAUUCUUGUCAACUUCUUCGUGAACCGGCGAGGAUGAAGCAGCGGCGAAUGGGCGAGGAAAUUCAUAAAUACGUGACUUUACGAGCUAAUGCCAACGCGACACGAAGUGAUUUUGCUGAUUGUCGCUGCCGUCGGAAUCGGUUGGGGAGCUCAGAAAAUGCUAGGAGGAUACCUAAGACACCGCCCCCCAGUUGAGAAGAAGAGGGUCAUUCUUGUCGCCGAAAGCGAGCGAGAACGGUAUUCAAAUUAAAUGGGUGACGUACAAUAAAUCAGCCGUAAUACACAUUCCCAACAUUUUGGAAUGCUUUUGCUUUUCGGUGUUACAGUGCGUGGUAUUGAUACUGAACGUUCGAAACUGUGAUACAAAUUGUAGUGUUGCACAAAAUGAUGAUGACAGCUCGGUAGUAUGCUGCCGUGUUAAACCACACAACCUUGCAAAGCUAAACCUAACCCCAAUCACAAAAAUAACCCCUACUUGAGCCAGACAAAAGAACAUUAUAAAAAUCGAGAAAAAAAAUCCCGUCGGUGGUUCCACAGGACACUAGCCCCACGCAACAAACAUGUAUGGCCAGUCUAGUCUGAGCAAUCUUAACGGAAGUCAGUGCAUGUUCCGAAGCUACCCUUACCUUCCCCAGAACGCCUACUUCCAAACCCAACAACAAAACCAGCCCCGAUCCUCUACCCUCCCAUGACAGUAUAGUCAAACUAGACAGGGCCGUAAAAGCAACUGUUAUUAUUGCAAUAACAACAUCAAUCUUACCUGCACCUGUUUGUCGUCGGGUGCCUUGGGACAGUUUUACUCGACAUCACAGACCCUCAAUUCGGCACCAUCGACAUUACCCCGACGAUCCCGUCCCUCCAACCACUAUAAGCCACUGACGUAUCAACCCCUGGCUUUCAUUCAGCCCCCAUUUCCGUUCCAACAACAACAACAACAACAACCACGUCCAACCGCCAGCAAGGCGACUUCCACCUCCCCACCGACCCGAUACCAGCGGGACAAAGAAACACAAGUCGACGAAAAAAUGCUCGGCAUCCAUAAUACAUCGGAAGGACAUGACUCACCGGCCCUAUCCGCGUCGCCUCCACCGGCGCCAGCCCCGAGACCACCGCCAAUCCGCAACGGUUGCCAGCGGUGUCGAUUUUCGGCUUCGGUGGCAUCCGCGAGCUCGACCCUUAACCGAUCCCAUCCACACCUGGCCAGUGGUAGUGCCAGUAACACCCUGACCCGGGGCAGCACUCACAACAGUAGCCUUCGAAAAGGCGGAUCCGCCGGGCCUAACCACAUAGCAACCAGCACCGGUCAUCUACACACAGCCGUUUCCACGGAACAAACGCAAAACGGCACACAUCUGGGAGGAGGUGGCUACGACCACGGACGCUUGAUCGAGGAGGAGGAUUCCGUCUAUCCGGCGCUGCUCGAGCGAGAGCUACAUUCACUGCACCGGAAUGUUCCUGCUUUACGACGUGCCGGCGUUGACACCACUGCAAUUAGACAGCAUUUCUACCCGGACGGUGGCUGGGGCUGGAUCGUUUGUGGUGUUGCAUUUCUCGCCCAUGUUCUCACGACUGGGUUCCAGCUGUCCUAUGGUUUACUGCUGCUGUACGCGAUACGACACCUGGGCCACGAGGUGAAUACCGAAGCAGGAUGGCUGGGGGCUGCCAGCUGGGCAAUGUCACUAUUUGCGGCCGUCAUUGUUGUGGCCCUGUGUCGUCGAAAGUCAACCCGGUUGACUGCGGUCCUUGGAGGCCUGGUGCUCGCACUGGGAAUUCUGUUCACCUCCUUCGCCACCCAGCUGCACCAGGUAGCGUUCAGCUAUGGAGUGAUAGUUGGCGUCGGUGCCGCUAUGGUCCGUGAGUCAGCCGCCGUAAUGUUGGGCCAUUAUUUCAAACGGCGGAGACAAUUUGUCGAAAUGAUCACGAUGUCGGGCGAAGGUGUCGGUGUGGCGCUGUUCUCUGUGAUACUGAAAGAAGGAGUGGGGAAAAUGGGUUGGCGCCUGGGCCUGCAAGCCGUUACCGGGCUGGUAUCGUUCAGCUUCUUUAUGGGAAUGCUAUAUCGGCCCGCGUCCCUGUAUCAUCCCCAGCGGCGAGCGAUUCUGCAUCUGAAAAACCAGCGGAAGAAGGUGAAGGAGAAGAAAACUCAUGUCCGCACACCAAAGCCACCGUUUCUUGAUUUUACACCCCUGAAGCUGCCGUCGGUGCGGAUGCUGUCGAUUUCGGCAGCUGUGGCCGCGUUCGGGAUCUACUCCCCAAUCUUCUUUCUGUCGCUGCAUGGCUUUGCCGAAGGAAACGACAUGCAGGAUUUGGUGCUGUUGCAAACGUUUCUGGGCCUCUCGAUAGCACUAGGCAUUGUUUUCAGCGGAUCCUCGGUGAAUAAAACGUUGGAAAUUUCGGUGAAAAAAAUCAGAAUAUCUCGUCAAUAUGUUUGCCAGGGCUGUGUUACGCUUGUAUCGCUAUCGUUGCUGGUCCUGUCGGCGGUAACGGACUACCGUGGUCUAUGUUUUUCUACGUGGGCCUACGGCUUAGGUCUCGGUGGCUACCGGUACACACUGAAGAUGCUCGCAGUCGAACGAGUUAGGGGCAAGUACUUCUCCAAGGCUUGGGGUUUCAUCAAAAGUGCCGAAUCGAUACCGGUGCUUUUCGGAGUGCCACUGUGUGCUUUCCUGAACGAUUCGUCCCACCGAUACGGUCGUGCCGGAUACUACGUCUGUGCGGCUAGUGCAGCGAUUUCGGCUAUCAUUCUGUUUUUCGUAGGGUACCCAGAUGGCAAGAGCAUGAAGUAUUCAACCAAUGGAUCGAUAAUAUCGCGCUGUACUGCACCGACCUCCUCAAGUGACUGUCAGCACAUGCUAAACCGUAGCUUUUCAUCGCAGCGUUUCAACAAUCAGUGGUAUUCAAACACGCACAGCACCAAUCUUUCCAGUGGGUGCAACCCCAGUAUUGGAGCAUACAACCGACAGCAGCAGCGUUGUCUUUCGAACCAAUUCAUGAACGGAGGUCUAGCGUUAGGUUCCGCCAACGUCGGAGUAGGAGGAGGAGCUGGUCCGGUGAAUGCGCCGGGUUAUAGCUAUCACAGCCCAUACUGCCAAAGUGCUGGUCAGCCCUAUCAUCACGGUAGACUGCAUAAGAGUUUGUCGUUCGCCUUCCAAACGCCAAUCUUGAUCGAUGAUGAACGUUUCCCGCACGGUGGCACCCGUCAGCCGUCCGCCAUUGACCACGCUGGCCAGUACGCCACCGAUUAUCCGCUCAGAGGUUGCUACUCCAGAUGUGAAGUCCACAACACGGAUCCACUGCACCAGAACGCUCGCCAUCACCGAACUCCAGCCGCCGGAGGCGGCGGUGUUCCCGCAGCAUCGACGGCUUACUUCUGCACCAACGGCCUUCAAAACAAUCCGUCGCGAAGUCGGAGCGUGCCGGAGGGUCUCGCCACUGGCCACCGGACCGCUGCCGAAUGCCCCCUGAAUCACUGCCACUGGACCACCGCCAACGGGACGAACUUUUGCCGGCCAACGCGGCCCGUUCAAGUGGUGGAACAGAUUACCACAUCCGUUUGACUAAAAUUUAGGAUUAUGCGAUUGUUCCUUUGUAUAUCCAUCCAUCUACUGGAGGGACUGUUUUCCUAGCUGUUUCAUCUCUCUACCCACUCACCGUGCACCGUGUAAUACCACAUUAAUCCUCACAUUGCAUUGUAUCAGCACCAAUUAACAUCGCUUCCACAAGCGUCUCAUGAAUCAUUAUCAUUCGCUGUUGUUGCCGACAAGCAUGAGUUUAACGUAGCGUAAAAUAUUCAUGCAGUUGAACAAGAUAGCGAUGAAAAAACGAACGAAAUUUGAAUUUUAAUCAUAUAUAAAUAAUGAAUGUGUUCAAUACACCAAACAAUUAACCGGCGAAGCGGAAGCCGCGAACUCGCGGAUUUUUUAGCGAUUUUCCACGCGCUCAAUUUAAUUAGCGAGUAAAUUAGCGAUUCUAUGCGUACGCGUGGGUGUGUUCCUAUGCGACCUGUUUAUAAUAGAUUUGCGGAGCGUAGACUAGCCGAGUGACGGCACACGGCACGAGAGACGCAAAAGCAUCAUUCUAAAUAAAGUGUAAAUAAUUAUUUUCCAAGAAAGAAAUUAGUUAUCAACUAAAUAGCAAACUCAUUUAUCACUGUCGAACUUUAAUCGGGGUCACGAGUUUCGGGUCUGCGAUAGCGGCAAUUUCUCCAGAGGAAUCGAUUACAGUUCCGCGCAUGGGAGUGUGAGUGUGUGUGCUCUUAACUCGGGGCAAGUUAUCAAUUAAGACUUGACGUGAGUAUGCUGUUAGGUACACUUACUGAAAUGAGGAAAUAAUUGAUUUGAUUUAAAUUUUUUGUUGAAUUUAUUAGCAGUAAAAGACUUAGUAAAUCGGAUUAGGAAAUGCGCCAAAGUGUGACUGUUCUCUCGACUUGAAAUGUUAUUUUGUUAGAUGCUGAUCAGAGAGGAAGGCACGGGGUUGAUUUUAUUUACGAACAAGCUGUGAAUGGAAUACUGAUAUUGAAGCAAAGAGUUUUAUUUAGUAAAGUUAUCAUUUAAAUAA